AUCAGCUCUUCAGAUGCGCUUCGAUGCACUUUGUCGGAGGGGGAUGGGCUGAUCGCCCGAGGCGGUGCUGGCGACGACGAGCAGGCAACGCGCAACGAGGAUGACGACCAGCAGCCAGCCGCCCCCGCACCGAUGCACCGGCGGAGAAUAGGCGGGAGAGUCUAUGCCAUAAGACGAUAA